AUGGAUAUUAGGAAUAUAUUAAAUUAUUUUACUUUACUUGCCAUUUUACGUGGCUCAAGCUUUUCUGAAAUCGUUUAUACGGACACACCAUCAGGGUAUAUUGGGUGCUUUGAGGACCAAAAUGGAAUCAUGCAAGGGGGUCAGAAAAUAAAUUUUAAGGACAAUACGGGAAAUGCGUGCAAAGCAUACUGUCAAGUUAGUAACUAUAUGUAUGCUGGAACAAAGAAUGGUUUUGUGUGUUCUUGUGGAAACAGUCUGCAACCAGCGGUAAGAAGUGUUGCUUGUCAUACAGAAUGUCCUGGAAAUAGAUGUGAGAAAUGUGGAGGACCUGAUAGCGUAUCAGUAUAUACUACUGGCUCAUGCCAUUUACAUUAUUGUUCAUUUGGCCCACACUGUUUCAAAGUCUUCAAAGACAGACCGCAAAAAUACUCUUGUGACUGCAAUAGCAAAUGGUCAGGUGGUUUCUGCGACGAGGACAAAGGUAUUAAUGAGUGCCUCUCGAAUCCUUGUAACAACAAAGCGACGUGUAUAGAUGUCCUGGACGGAUUUCGGUGCCUUGAGAGUGGAAUAACUCCAACAACUUCAAACUAUCAAGGCUGCUUAUACCAAGUAAAGACGACAUCAAUUGCAAAACUGACGUCAUCUUCUACGUCAGACACAGUUACAGAAUCUACUUCCGGUAAAAUGUUGUCUGCCGCAACAUCAGCAACAACAGCGAAUGAUUGGGUGUCGAUAGGUGAUAAACAAGUCUGUGUUGUGGAAACACCGAUUGAAUAUGAUAUGGCAGUCAAACAUUGCAUUACAUUAAGUGCAAGCCUUUUGUCGUAUACAAACCCUCUACAAUAUUUCAACUUGAGCAACGUUCUGAGACUGACUGAUACGACAUACUGGAUUGGAAGUGCUCUUGGAGACAAAUGUGUUUGUUUCUCUAUGGUUCACAAUAGUCGCAGUCUAAGAAUUGAACCCUGUGAAUCCAGAAACUCAUUUAUAUGCGGCCGUAUUGCCAAUGCCACAAUGAUAAAAGAAAAUGCAGAAUUUGUAAAACUGUUGAACAAUAUGACGGUUAAUGCUAAAAUGACGAAUAAAGCACAGCGGAAAUUAAUUUCCGUUCAAGAUAACAGAUUGAGUACUAAGUUUGUUGGCGCCGUAGGAAUCCUAUUCAUUUGUGGUUGUGUUGGUUUAGUGAUAUUAGCAGAUAUUAACUGGAGCAGAUGUAAAUCCUGUUCAAGGAAACAAAACUGAAAGUGCAUGGUAUGAGAAUUAUGUAUAUCAGUAAUAAAAAGAUAAAAUAACAAAA